GGUGCUUGUGGUGAGUGCAGACAUAACCUGUGGAGAUCAGAGGACAGCUUUGGGGAGUCAGCUCUCUCCCACCACCCUGAGUUCUGGGAUGGAACCAGACCACUGGGCAUGCAUGACAGAACCGUUACCCACGGAGCCAUCUUACCGGCCCGUGCUUCUGCUUCCUUUUCCGAGUUGGCCUGGCCUGGCCUGCCAGGGGGUGACCCUAGUCCCAUCACCAUCCCUCCCUCCUCUCCAGCAGCCCUAGCAACUUGGUUCUUAUUGGCUACACGUUUCCUUGGAGACAGACACCAGCCAUCCAAACACAGACCGCCGAGCUUCAGGAAAAAGAAUCUUCCCACCGCUGGACUCCCUAACAUGAGGGACCUGUUGAUCAACUCGUCAAAUCAGGCCUUCUGGGAGGAGCGAAUAAGGAAGGAGGUGGUUACUCGGGCCACCUGGAACAUCCGCUAUGGCCACAAGUACCCGAAAGAGGCCCCCAGGACCAGGAAGCAGCCCCAGCAGGCCUCCUCUGGGUCAGUCUUGAAAGCAGGCCCAGUGCCUGCCCCUGGCUCCCCUGUCAGAAAAGAGGCACAGGCGGUAUGGCCAGAAACCAGGGGGGUCCAGGACCAGCUGUUCAAGCCUGGAGGUGUCCAGGGAGACAGAGCGAAGCAGGCGAGGGGAGCCCCUGGGUACCCAGCAGCCCAAGGCAGGCCGGAGAACUUAGAAAUGAGGCAACCCACCCCAUCCACUCUGAAGUUGCUCUUCCAAGGCAUCUCCCACGAAGGCCAGGGCCGGACCCUAUACCUCAAGGAGCGGAAUCGACUGAUACCAGAGAAGAAGUACAAGUACCCCAUCCUGUCUUCCUGGGAGUAUGGCUGGCACAUUGGGGAUGCCAAGGACUUCAGGACUCCAGCUCAUGCCAAAACGCACCCCAUCGCAAAUUCGUUUUACACCAAGAACGGCAUUUUUCAUAUCCCACGGAGAACAGACCACCUCAUGUGAACUCGGAAAGGGUCUCGGCGGUUCCUUUUCCGUGUGACCCAUCUGGACCAGCCAGGUGGGGAGACGCUGCGGGCCGGCCCUACCUCCCUCCAAGUUCCACUGAGCCCUGCUUCCUUGGCUGAGAGUGACGAGAAGUAUACCGGGGUGUACUGUUGGCCUGUGUCCGGGGCUCCUGUCCACACACAGAGAACUCCACAGCUUACAGACCGGCCCCUCCCUGCCGUCACCAGCCAUGCUGCUCCUUGCCCUGGGGAAGACAGUGAGAUGCCAUGCUGCAUUAGCAGGCCUGGACAGGGGAGGGGUCCACCCCUACUACAAGGAGGACCAAGACCUAUCGUUUAUUUUCUCUGCAUUUGAUGAUGGGAUCUAUAGCAGAGUUGCUCUGGCCCCUGUGUAUCCUAGAGCUCAGGGAGGAGUUUGUCAUCUCCUCUGGCUGCUCCCCUUGCCCCUGCAUCAGUCAGAGAUGCCCCGCCUCGGGGCUGCAACAAGCAGCCCUAAGUCUCAACUAUUUAAAACAAUAAAGAUAAGUUCCUUGUUUUUUUUUCCGCCCCCA